AUGGCCAUCGAAGCUUUAUCGUGCACCAGGUCCCUAUCGGCACCUCGCACCGACUUUGGCCAUGUCCUGGCUGCUGGGUUCAAUCGAAGCUUUAUCGUGCACCAGGUCCCUAUCAGCACCUCGCACCGACUUUGGCCAUGUCCUGGCUGCUGGGUUCAAUCGAAGCUUUAUCGUGCACCAGGUCCCUACCGCACAACUGCCUCAGACUGUGAGCAUGUCCCGGCUGCUGCACAAGAACCCAUCCUCAUGCUUGAUGUUCACCAUAUCAUGCGUUACAGCACUUUAGGCGCAUUUGAGGAUCUUUUUCAAAAAAACGAUCGACAACUACUUCCUAGUGCGCGACCAAUUCCUAAUGCUUCGACAAACGCACUGAAGUCCGUAAGAUUUCCAGACUGCGAACGACGCCCGUUCACAUUUGGUGUGACGAAUGCUAGCCAAGUGUACUUCGCCAAACGAGCAACACCGCAAACUAUAUCAGUGUCCAACCAUGGGCUGGAAAGCAGUCCAUGGACAUUAAGGGUGGCCUUGAAGGAAUUCAUGGCUACUACUCAGGUGUACUUCGCCAGACUACAACAGGCCACUCAGCACCUCUCGCAGAUUCAGCUAGAGCCCAGACAAGGCCAAGGCAGUCCAUGGACAUCAGGGGUGGCCUUGAAGCGAUUCAUGGCUACUACUCAAGUGGAGCUCAGCCUACCUAGAAAGCCACUGCCUAUAUCGAUGGCAAGAGCCGAAACAAAGCGAAAGCAGUCCAUGGACAUUAGGGGUGGCCUUGAAGCGAUUCGUGGCUACUACUCAAGUGGAGCUCCGCAUCUACAUAUUGGAAAUCGGCCAUCCACGAAUUGCAAGUGGUAG